CACAUGUUGAUUUCUGAAAGGAUAAGUGAAUCCAUUACUUCCCAGAUUUCACAGAAGCCACUUGCUUGGAGCAGACUACCAUGACGAGCCAGUCUCAGGGAAUCCACCAGCUUCUUCAGGCAGAAAAACGGGCCAAGGACAAGCUAGAGGAAGCCAAGAAGAGAAAAGGAAAGCGAUUGAAGCAAGCCAAGGAGGAAGCAAUGGUAGAAAUUGACCAGUACAGAAUGCAGAGAGAUAAGGAGUUUCGAUUAAUACAAUCUAAGAUAAUGGGCUCUCAGAGUAAUCUCUCAGAUGAAAUAGAAGAACAAACAUUAGGGAAGAUACAAGAACUUAAUGGACACUACAAUAAACAUAUGGAAAGUGUGAUGAACCAGCUCUUGAGUAUGGUCUGUGACAUGAAACCAGAAAUCCAUGUGAACUACAGAGCCACCAACUAAAAAAAAAGGUGUGUGAGUGCCACCUGGUUGCUUAUGGCUUCAUGUUUUUAUAUUAAGAAAUUUGAAAUGCGAACCUUAAAUUUACAUUUACAGGAAAUGUGACAUAACUCAUACAUCAGCACUGAAUUAAACAAAACAAAAUACCACUGUUGCUAUAUCUUUUCUAGUAAUAAUUAUGACCUUAUCAUUUAACUUGGAGUAAGUCAAGAAUGCAGAAGAGUAACAUGUUUUUUAACACUUGAAAGAAAUACAUGGUCAUGACAGCUUUUUAGUGGGCGUGGGUUUUUUAUUCCUUCUCCUUUUCAUCGAUUUAGAAAAUGUACUCUUAAUUGUGUUAAAAGGUAAUCUGCUAAAAGAUCAUCUUUAAGCAAGAUAUAAUUAUGACUCUUCAACAGAUCUAAAAAUGAACAUGUCAAUGGUUUUAUUUAAUUCAGCAAUCAAUGAGGAAACCAGUAAAACAGAGAGAGAGACAAAGAAUGAUGGGUUAUAUAGCCAUUUUUAAACAUAGAUGGGUUUUAUAAUCAUUCUGUCUGUCUGAGCUCAACUAAACAGAUACUAUUUUAAAAGAAAAAAGUAAAUGAUAAAUAAGCUAGUAACAGAUUUUAGAACUUUGAAAAAAAUUAAAAAAAAAAAAAAAAAAGAAAUACAAAGAAAACUCCCAGGGGAUAUAUUAGGUUAGUGUACCACUAGCCCAGUCAAGAAUUUAGCUAAGCUAAAUUCUUGUUAAAUACUAAGUACUUUGUUAGCAAAAUGUAUAUAUUAUCUCAAUCCUACUGUGUAAGCAGUACUAGUGCUCUUGUUUUACAAAAUGAGAAGCAAAACAAAGGAACUUGCCUGGAGUUGUUUGUAUAACGGUGGCAGCACUGGGCUUCGAACUGGGCAAUGUGACUCCAAUGUUCACACCCUUCACUUCUUACCAAACUGCUUACCUGCACAGCUCCUGUAUUUGCAUUAGUAAGAAGCAUGGGUACUAUAAAGUCUUUGAUUUUCAAGUAAUAGAUGCAGACAAAUUUUAAUUCCAGUCUAAACAGUAGUUAAUUAUUGUCACCAAACUAUUCAUAUAAUCUUCAAAUAUAUGAAUCUCUGACUAUAUGUAUAGUUUGGUAACAAUAAUUAACUUUUGUUUAGACUGGAAUUAAAAUCAUAAACUGAAAUGAUUUUAAUUGAUCAUUGUUUUAGAUCAGUGGUCCCCAACCUUUUUAGAACAGGGACCAGUUUCAUGGAAGACAAUUUUUCCAAGGAUGGAGGGGUAGCAGGGCAAGAUAGUUUUGGGAUGAAACCGUUCCACCUCAGAUCAUCAGGCAUUAGAUUCUCAUAAGGAACAUGCAACCUAAAUCCCUCACAUGUGCAGAUCACAAUAGGAUUCGUACUCCUAUGAUAAUCUAAUGCCACUGCUGAUUUGACAGGAGGCCAAGCUCAGGUGGUAAUGCUUGCUCAAUUACCACUGACCUUCUGCUGGGUGACCCAGUUCCUAACAGGCCACGGACAGACACCAGUCUGUGGCCCAGGCAUUGGGGAUCCCUGUUUUAGAUUACUAGUAUCAUUGUUUCUUUUUAGGAGAAAAAGUUAAAAUUUUAUCACAUAUCUUAGUAUCUCAGAAAUAGUCAAUUUUAUAUGCAUGUUAGGUAAAUGGAGGAAAAUUUGAAUUCUAUUUGUUUCUCCAUUUUCCCAACUUUUGGGGCAAGGAAAACCAAACCAGUUUAUUGGUUUUACGAGAUAUAAUUCCACAUUUAUUAGAACGAAAACUGAUUCCCAGUUAAAGAAGAGAAAGAUAUCAAACGUUCCUAGGAAAACUGGCUCCCAUUUUUUGAGGGAGUGGAGGGAAAGGCAUCAAUUAAAGUUGUGUCUCCCUGACAUUAGGACAGCAUUGGAGGAUUUCUACUCAACACAGACUUGGAGAAUUCAAUUUCUCUAUCCUGCAGAGCUUAGAUAAAUAAAAUAAUGACUAAAAUUGCACAUUUGGAGAGUUAUCAUGUGAAAAGAUAAUUCCGAAAAACAAAGCAUUGUGAUUUGCCUUAUAUCGUAAGAUGUAGUCUUCUGUCUUAUCUCAUGAAAACCAUGAAGACGCCAGUUUUCUGGAUGUGAAAGCUUGAAUAUGUUACAUGGAGCACUCAAGUUAAUAAUAAAUUCCUGAGCCUGCACAAAAGAAAGGAUAAUCUUUUAGGCCCUAAAUACUGUAGAAACACAUUAAAGUCAGUAGAGGAUUUUUCUCAGAAGUAAAAUGGAGCCAGGCCUAGAGGCAAAAGAUGAGACUUGGGUGUCAGCACACUGUACAUCCAGUCCUGCCAGCACCACCAGCUUCCUAUGUCCUACUGGCAACUCAGUCAACCUCUCUGGGCCUAAGAUUCUUUUUUAGUGCUGUAAUCCAUAAAAUGGUGUUGAAAUAAAUGAUCUCUGUAGGCCCUUUAACACUUAUUUUUACAUACUAAGAUCAAUUUUUCAAAAGCAGUAUUUGUUACUUUCAGUUUUUUCAUUCACUAUUGUAGUAUUUGUCAAUUUCUCAACAAUCUCACAUCUAUUCUAAACACUCUAUUGUUAAGAGCAUGUGCUGUUGCUGUCCCCAGUAUCCUAGUUUCUAUGUAGUUUGCAUAUUUUUACAUUCAAAUAUGGUUUCACAUCUUUGCCUAACUGAAUGAGUCAUUUCCCAAGAACUCUCACACCCUCACAGAUGGUAGAGCUGCCAGGUUUUACUUUAUUUACAUAUGAAAAGGUUUUAUGUAUUUCAGAGCUAGCUCACUUAUCUGAGAGCUUUCUCAGUCACACAAAAAAAGUUGACUUUUUUGCACAUGUACUUACAUUAAAAGGCUUUUUCUGUUCCUAUAGAUGUUUACACAGAAAUAGAAUAAUGUUAGCAUGUUUUUAAUUGUUCUUUACCCUUGUUUUGAUCCUUUGCACAAUCAGAAACUACAAAAUGAAAAAUUAUUCCAUUCAGUUCUUACUCAUUUCCAUUGCACUCAAAAACAAAACCAUGCAAUUUACAGGCUUGCAAAGGAAUGCAGAGAUUUUGGUUUUUAUUCUUUAUGUUAGCACACAAAUACAAAGUCAGGAAUUGUAAUCAAUGUAUCACAGUCAUUACUUUCUAGAUGGAUAGAGCUAGUAGAAGAGAGUUGGCCUGAGUGUGCAGAAAGCUGCCACCUUUGAAAUAUCCCAGCUAAGGUCAUUCUAGGUCUUGCCAACCCCCAACAUGUCAGAGUCCAGCCUAAAUCAGCACAGCCACAUUACCUGCCGCCAACCAUGAAUGUGGGCAUGAGCAAAGAGGACGUCAUAUGAGCCACCUGGAACACUCAUAGACUCAUGAGCAAUAAUAAACAUUUUAAGCCAUUGAGUUUCAGGGUGAUGCGUUAUGAAGCAAUAGCUAACUGCUAUACCGAUUGAAUACUGCCUUAAAGAGGAGAGGGUGACCACCUGUCUUGAAUGCUGCUUAGAGUUCAAGUAAAAUAGGACAGAGAUGUGACUGUUAGAUUUACGUAUGUGGAGGAGGAGUUUGAGGAGAGAAAGUGUGGUGAGAAAGCUAGAGAUAGCAGUUAUAGAUAACUACAAAACUAUAAAAAUGAUCAGAGAAAUGGGGCUGCAGCUUGAGACAGAUGUGUGUCAAGCAUGUGUUUCUCGUCUGGACUAAGAAAUGUUAUCGCAUAUUCAUAUGCUGAUUGAAAUUCCUCUAGAGGAGAAAGAAUUUCUAUGAAGAAUAGAGAGGGGAACUAUUGCAGAAACAAAGUCCUUGAGAAGGCAGGAAGCCUAGAAUUCAGAUCCCAAGUAGAAGAAUUGGCCUUCAACAGGAAGACGACCAUGGGCGUGGAUUGACAUACAAGUAGGUAUGUAGAUCUAGUGGUAGGAAGAUGAGAAAGUUCCUGACUAUGUACUGCUAUUUUCAAAUUAAAUUCAAGGAAAAUGAUCAGCUGGGAAUGAGAACUAAUUUUAGGGGACUUAUCAAACAAGAGAAAGGGUAAAAUGGUCAUUUUAGAAAGUAAGAAGAUUACUAUGCUAGGGAGGUGUAAUAGGAUGAUCAAGCAGCAUUGUAUGUCUAAAUGAGGUUUACUGUCAUACUUUUAAAAUGAGAUUAAGUCAGUAGUGUGUUUUUCUCUGGUUAUGGUGAGUUGCUCAGCUGCCGGAAGAGAGUAGACAGGUAGUCUGAUUUCACCUCUAAACUCAUCAUCAAAGACGUGAGAUCAGCUCCCUUGUCCUGCAUCUUUUAACUCUAAAGUUGAACUGAAAUAAUUCUUCUUGAAAGACUACUAUGUCCCUAAACUUAAAGAAAAGAAAAUUCUUGGAAAUAAAGCACUUAAAAGAAAGAUAGAAAUCUAAGCAUAGAGUUCAUUACAAAAAUAAUGAUUCCAUUUUAUCAACUUGAAGAAAUAUAAUUGUGAUAACUGCACGUUUCUCCUAUUUCCUGUUCUUCCAUCUCAGCUCUCUUGGGACUAAUAUUGGCCAUGCAAGGAGUUACUAGUGUAGUGAGUUUGCUUACUACCAAGAGUCACCUGAAAAAGCUACUUAUCAAUGACAUAAAUGACUGGAGGACUUUAUGUCCCAUGCAAUGUUAAUUAUUCAUUUACUCACUCAUUCAGCCAUAAUUGUUGAAUUAUGUGAUAUCAUACAUUUGAGAUUGGUAGUAGAAAUACAGACAUGGCUAUUACCAAAAGUGACAAGUCCUGUAUUCUUACUCCUACCACUUCCAGUGACCCAGCUCCUCAAGUCCAGUUUAAGAUAAGGUACAUUUUGAGUGAACUGAGGUUCUCUGUGUCAUCAAAUAAACUAAACUCCUACAAUAGGUAUUGUAAACAUAAAGAAUAUUUAAUACUGUGUAGUUUAACACAGUAAUUAAGAUCACCAUCCCUUAGACUAGACUAUUUGGAUUCAUAUAUAAGUAGUAAAUAUAAAUGUCUAUAAAAUGGUAAUUAUUAGUAUAGUUGAAAAAGAACUAAAUCAAAUAGGCUGAUAUAAAGACAAAAUGAGUCUAUGAAAGAAGGUUAUGAGGUAGAGAAUGCCAGAAAAAUCACUGUAACUUCUUUUGCAGACAGUUUAAAUAGACCAUUAUCAAAUUCCCUUGUUUUUAAACUAUAAUAACUAAACUGUUUCUUCGUGUUCAGUUAAGUAGAAUCCAAUGGAACAGAAGUUUCACUGAGCUUGUUUUAUCAUGCUAGCACUUCCAUUGAAAAAGUGUCUACAACUGUUAACUCGUUAUCAUUUUUAUUAAUGUGUAAUCAAUUAAUAAGAACAUAUGUGUUCCACAGACAAACCCCAAAGAUAUUUAAAUAGAGAUACCAGUGAACAUGAGAACCUUGCCAAUAUUCUGAAGACCUGUUUCCUAGUGGAAUUCACAGUUUGUAGUCACAGUUCAGAAAGAUGCUUUCCUAAGCAAAAA